AUGGCAGCACACAAGGCAUUCCCCGGAGACUCAAAAAAGCUCAUCCAGGUCAUCGGAUUGACUUGGAUAUGUUCCGGCAACUUGCUGGCCUCCAUCCCGAUCUCUCUCUCCGUGUUGACGUUCGGCCCAAGAAACAAGUACACAGACCUUGGGAAGGCCAAGUAUUCCAACAUUUCUGGGUACCCCAUCGUGAUAGGAGGCGCCUCCUGGCUCCCCUGGCAGAAGCACCUAUACUUCCUGGUGCUCCUGCCUUACUACUUGCCAUUCUGGCUCAUCCGCCUUCCUCCUUUGCAGUUGUGUGGUGAGUUAUGUGACAAAAAAUAUCCUACCUGGACGUUGGCGGGCAUGGCCUGCACGGCGUUCUUCAUUUUUAUCCAGAUUCGCGUCUUCUUCAGGGUGAUAGCAUGGCUGUGUUGGGGUAUCCUCACUGCGGUCACGCUUGGCUUCUGGGAACAUGCAUCCGGAAAGGCAGGCAAAUUCUGGGAAGGUGGCACCAAGCCGUUCCUCAUGUUCCUCGUCAUCCUCUUCAUGAACAAGCUCGUUGUCAUGCUCGCCCCUCUCAUUGUUGCGGCACCUCAGCUCCUAAAAAGAUUCCUGGCUUCAUGUUCUGCAGACGAUGCCGAUGUCCGAUGCCGAAAGCUGAGCAGUUUCUUUUGGGUCUUCGCGGAGGACAUGGUGGGGAAUCCAGCUGCACAGGAAAUGGGCGAGGAGGAAGUUGAGACUGCUUACAAUGAAUUGAAAAGUGUUCAAAGUCUCGACAGGGAUUUCGAGGGUGUCCAGCCAAGUGCAGGGACAUCGAGCGAAGACGAGCACAACAAGAAGACUUCGUCUUACUUCUUGCAGAUUGUCAUAGCCACGCGGCAGCUGGAUAUGAUGUGCAGCACAGUGAUUCCUGUUCAGCUGACGAUCAUUAUCCUGGUACGAUGGUCUUUGGAAAAUGCAAAGUUCCUUGAUUCCUUCCAGACGACGAUAAUGUCGAGGACGGUUGUGGAUUACUUCCAACACCUGAAAGAGCAAGCCACCCACGUUUCGCAUGUUGAUUGGCAGCAGUUGAUGAAUGAGCUGUGGCUCCUCUUCUGA